CUUCUCUUUUUUUCUUUAUUUUUUUGAGAGUCGCGAAUGGGUCUUGUCCGUCGCUGAUCUACAACCCCGCCGUCCCGAUAAUUAGAGAUAGAUGGAUCAACAGACGCAGAACACUUCGCUGCAGCGACUCCAGAAUGUCGAGAGGAGAGUGGUAAGGGUGUUGGAUAUAGCAGGAGGAGUAAUGGAAGAAAUGACGAACCCUUCUGGUCCCAGGAAUGAUUUGGUUAAGUCUCUUUGUGGAGAGUUCAUGCAAUCCAUCAAGGAUAUACAAGUGACACUAAGGGAAGAGAUCAAAAGCGCCUGCGAGUACCGCCCCUUCGAGAAAUCCGAUUACAAUGCAAGGAUAGCUAAUGAGAUCUGCUUCCACAAGCUCGAAUACGUUCUCUCUCGGCUUCAUCAUCUUCAAAAUACCCUUGACCACUAUCCUCCUUCUCAUGAUUGAACUCUUAUCCAAGUAGUUUCUAGAGGUUUUGACAAAUAUCCUUUAUGUUGGUGGUAUUGAUAUUCAUAAAAGGCUUUUUUGAGGAAUUAUUCCAAACCAUUAUGAUUUAGUUUCCGCCUGUUUUGUGUUUAAGUCGCUUGCGGCACAGGUAAUAUUUUUCUUCCAUUUAUUGUAUUCAUUUUGCUGAGAAAAUAUCAGGUAGGUUUUGAUUAGAA